CGCAGCAACUCGCUACCUCUCGUCAGUUGUCACUGUUGUCUAAAAAUCUAUGGUUUCCUCGACGGUUUUCUUCGCUACCGUCGCGGUAGUAGCCACGUCCAUUGGCCAUGUACAGGCCCACGGCUACAUGGAGAAGCCCUUAGCCGAAUUCAAGGAAGGCACCGAAUCUCCUUCGGCGUGGGUCGUUGAAAUCCAGCCUCAGUGGAAGGGUGACUGGGACAAGGCCAAGGGAGACGAAGGUCUUGUCGCUCUCUACAAGGAACUGAAGAAGUCCAACAACGUUAAGGACAUUCGUACUAUGAUCGACGGUGACGCCAAACUCUACGGUGAGGACUGUGGUAACACCGACCCGAAAGCGACCCCGAAGGACCCGCCGUCAACGGGUGACGCAACGUUCUCGCGCGGUAUCGUCCACGCCGGCCCGUGUGAGAUUUGGCUCGACGACGAGAUGGUGCUGCAGAACGACGAUUGCCAGAGCGCGUACGGUGACGGCACGAAGAAGACGAUCUCGGUGUUUAAACCUAUGGACUACUCGUCCUGCAAGUCCGGUGGUUGCAUGUUCCGCUUCUACUGGCUAGCACUACAGCGUCGCGAUAGUAAGACACUCUGGCAAGUAUACAAGAACUGCAUCCCGCUUUCGGGUCCUGCCGGUGGCGGCGGUGGUGCCUCGAACUCGACCACCUCUGGAUCGAGCACGUCCCAAACUUCCCCGUCAAGCGGUGACUCGGAGUCCCCAUCGAGCGGUACGUCGGACUCGCCAUCGAGCGGCGCGUCGGACACCCCGUCCAGUGGUGAAUCGGACUCCCCUUCGAGCGGAACGUCGGAUACCCCGUCCAGCGGUGAGUCGGACUCGCCUUCCAGUGGUGAAUCAGAGUCACCUUCAAGUAGUGAAUCGGAGCCGCCAUCUAGCGGUGAAUCGGAGUCCCCGUCGAGUGGAGAAUCCGAAUCUCCUUCGAGUGGUGAAUCGGACUCCCCGUCGACCGAAACUACCCCUGCCCCGGAGACUCCAUCGGUUGAGACACCGGAGACGCCGCCCGCUUCGGACAGCAAGUGUUCCGUGCGUCGCAGACGCCAUUAAACUCCGAAAGGAAGGAGGAUGUGCGUGAAUAUUCGUAGCUCUUUGGCCAUUGAGGCCGACUUCAUGUCGUACAAACUAAACAGCGAAGAAAGAUGUUUGUUUCAUACGAAUUCCA